UAUUAUCGCGGCACUCUGCAGUCCGCUCAGCCUGACGGCUCGUUCUUUGCGCCCCAUAAAGGAUAACUUUGAAGGGAAAUCCAUCUGGAGCGACGGGGAGCUGUUCCUUUUAUUCCAGAAUCCCGUUGAUCCAAGCGGGGAAAAAUAACUUUUACGCACGAAAAAAAAAAAAAAAAAAAAAAAAAGGACUUCGGCUGCAACUCGAUUCUUUGUAAACGAGUUCGGGACAUUCAAGUCGAUAUUUCUCUUUUGCUCAGCGGGGAUGGUAGUUUUUAUGGCGAUAUUUGAAAUUUAGAAAGUUGCGACAACCGCUGAACUGGACUCUAUUUUUUUUUUCCAUUUGUCGUGGCUGGAUUAUAUUUUUGCUACUUAAAUAUUUAGAGUGAUCUUGUCCGUAGUUCGGGGUUUAAACUACGGCACUUAAAGUAGUCUGUAGUGUUGAUGUAUUGUUUACACGCGGCUGAAAGUAUUCAAGUGUGCGGUAGAUCAGGGCACAGAUAGAAAAGUCCAACUCUGCGCAGAGUUUGGAGCGCCUCAACUUGGUGUUAGAUAAAAUAUACAACCCUGGUGUUCUUCAGGAUGACACGUUGUGGGUUGAUGAUUUAACGCCACAAUCAGCAGAGUUUAGAGUUUUUUUCCCCCUAUUUUUAUUUUUUUUAUUUUUAUUCAAUCAGCGGGACUCUUUUCGCCUUGUGCUCUUUCGCCUCCAUCCCUCCGGCGUCUGGAGCAGAAAGAAAGACGAAAAAAAACAAAACUGUUUUUCCUCCAGAAGGUUUCUGAUACAACCCCAGUCAGGUGGCGCUGACCCAAGCUGUUGUGAUGCAUAUUCCCGUAGAGCCGGCCACUACUAGACGGUUCACGCCGCCCUCCACGUCCUUCCCCUGCAGUAAGAUCGGAGACGGCAACGGGCCCAUGGCCACCCCGGGGCCCCUGAGGACGCGGCCAGACAACAGGAACGUGGUGGACGUCCUGGCGGACCACGCAGGAGAGCUGGUGCGGACCGACAGCCCAAACUUUCUCUGCUCCGUGCUGCCGUCGCACUGGCGGUGCAACAAGACGCUCCCCGUGGCUUUCAAGGUCGUAGCACUCGGUGACGUUCCCGACGGUACACUGGUCACAGUCAUGGCCGGGAACGAUGAGAAUUACUCGGCCGAGCUGCGGAACGCCUCUGCGGUCAUGAAGAACCAGGUGGCCCGCUUCAACGACCUCCGCUUUGUGGGCAGGAGCGGACGAGGAAAGAGCUUCACCCUGACAAUCACCGUGUUCACCGGACCGCCGCAGGUGGCCACCUAUCACCGCGCCAUCAAGGUCACCGUGGACGGACCCCGAGAACCACGCAGGCACAGAGUGAAGAUGGAAGACACCACAAAGAUGCAGUUCUCCGAGCGGCUGUCAGAAAUCGAGCGCUACCAGCGAACGAUGCGGAUAGGCCCGGUGAACAACAAUCCCGCGCCCCAUCACCAAACGCACCUUGGCCCCACACAAGCUCUGUGGCAGGAUCAGAUGGAUACCCCUACUCUGAAGACCUGUAAGGUGGAAGAGGAUCUGAGAUCAUGGCCAGGGACUACAGAUCUCUUCCCGCAGAGGACCACCUUCCCGUCUCUUUCCCCGCUGACAGACCCUCGCUUCUCAGACCCCCGCAUGCACUACCCGGGGGCCUUCCCUUACUCUGCCAACACCUCCAGCACCGGCAUCAGCGGCCUGAGCAUGUCGGCCUCCUCCAGAUACCACACCUACCUGCCGCCACCCUACUCAAACAACCAGUCUCAAAACUUCCAGUCCAACUCUUACCUGUAUUACGGCACGGGCAGCGGCUCCUACCAGUUCUCUAUGGUGGCGCCGGGGAACACCGGGGGCGAGCGCUCCCCCACCCGCCUCCUGUCAUGCUCGGGGGCCACGGGCACCGGAGGGACCAACAGCCUGAUGAACCCGGGCCUGAACACCCAGAGCGAGGGCGUGGAGGCCGACGGCAGCCACAGCAACUCCCCCACGGCCAUGAGCGCCUCGGGUCGCUUGGAUGAGUCCGUCUGGAGGCCAUAUUGACUGGAGGAGAGCUAGAAAUUUUGAAGAUUGGGAGAAGUGAGGCUGGAAAGGAAUGAACAACAAGGCUGAACACUGAAAGAAAAUGAAAAAAAAAAACAUAAAAAUGUUGCAUGUUUCCCACGGUUUUCUCGCUUUAAAAGACUUUUUGCUUUUACUAUUUGAAGACAUUUUGUAAUUUCUGAGUGAACUCUUGCACUGCGCUGAAACCUGUACUCUCCCAAGACCUUCGGAAAGCCAUACGAGCAGAGGUGACAUUCAGCGGAGACUGUAAAUAAUAGUUAGAAAGCCAUCGCAGUGAUGUAGACAGGUACUCGAAGUCAAAACGAACAACAGCAUGGAGGUGCGAACAAUCAGUACGGCUGGUGAGCUGAAAGCCACCGCAGACACUCUUCAAACAGACGGCUCAGACUGAUCCAGCUCACUUGGCAGGUGGAGAAGUCAGACUGGUUUCCUGACUCCUCGAUAAGCAUGGCUGCACUGCUGUAGCAAUCGGUCCCUUUAAGCUUUCAUUUCUGCAAAAAAAUUUGCAUCAGAUGUAAAAAUGUUUUCACGAGCAUACAAGGGCUGUUUCAUGUGCUCGGUACUUCUGCAGAACUUUUUUGGUCUAUUUAUUAUCCACACGGAGAGAUAUUAGCUUCUGGUCAGAGAGGAAAUGUCUCAGAACAAUUGCUGCAUUAUUGAGGGAGAAUCCUUUUUCAAGUUUAAGAAAUUAACUCUCUGCUGUUUCGUCAGUGCGAUGCGUUUCAGCAGGACAACGGAUGAUAACUGAAGGAAUGUCAAACGGUUUGGUUUAUUCUCUGCAGAUAUGUUGAGUCCUGAUGUCUUUACUCUUUACUUUUCUGUUCAAGCUUUUUUUUUUUCUUUUUUUUUUUCGAAACUUGUAGGUCCUUGCCUGAAUUUUUUGUUUUUAUUAUUUUAAUUGGACGACUUGGUUUACUUUUGAUAUUUAUUUGAGCCAAACUUUGGGGAAAUGUAUGCAAAAACCCCAAAUCCUUAAGCAUUUCUCUUUAAUUUUCCUUUUUUUUAUAAGCAUAUAAACAGUAUAUAUACCAUGUUUGUUAAGUAUGAAUUUGGAGUUUUUGUAAUAUAUUGCUAAACUAAAUUAUGAAAAAAAAAAUCCUUUUAAUGUAAUUAUGUUGCCUUCCAAUGUAGCUUUGGUGCACUAAAACCUUUAUUCCAAAUGAACUAUGCCCAAAAAGAUCCUAGAGCCCUGAUCUUUUAAACUAUUUACAAUUUGCCUUCCUGCGCUUACAAAAGAAAAAAAAAGCUAUUUUUUGCACUUUUUUUUUUUUUUUUUGUUUCCUCAUAUUUCGUUUGGUGUGCAGAGCGAAAUAUGAAAUAUUCCUGCACAUGUUGUUCAAAACACACUUCAAGCGUCUGUUUUCACAAAGGUAAUUACAAUCCUGCAGCACAGGUGUGUCUGCACAUUCCCAGUGUCCUGAGGGCCUUUUUAACGGGACAGAAGGACGAGGAGGGGUCCGGAGUGGGAUCCUCUUACCAACACUGAGGGCUGUCUCUUGUUCUGCACAGGUCCCUUUGUUCUGCGUCAUCGGUAGCGCUUUGAAGCAUUUGUGGUCGCGACUGUCCCUCUCGCUCGAAUUUACUAAUCAUGCUCUGGCAUUUGUUCACACGCCUGUGCAGAGCUACGGUAUUUACAACAGAUAUCAAGUGUCUGAUAGUUACAGGACUGUGGGCAUGACUCUGAGAGAUGGAUGAUUAGUUGCCACACAGCUGAGGUUUGAUCUCAGAGCGAAGAGGGAUCCAAAGACGCUCGAAUUUGGAGCUAAGGUGAAGAAAUACAUGUAUGCAAGAAGUUUUUUUUUCCGCUUUAUUCCGCGAAUGUCGUCUCAUUCCUACUAAGGGAAAGCAUGUCGUAUUUUCAUCCUCUCAAACCUCUACUUGGUUGAAAACCUGACAAAACCAUCUUGCAGCUAGAGAAAUCGCACGAUGUGUGUGGUUACUUCCAGAAAAGCCAAAGAUCUACACAACUGCCUGUAAAACUGUUUAAAUGUUGAGAUUUGUGGUAACUCAUCUGUGUGUUGAAUGAACUUUAUUGUCCUUGUUUAUGCAAAACUAUGAAGCCAAAGUGUACAAGUCAGUCCUAUUUUGUGUGUUUAAUUAAAGAGCACAAUGUUCCGUCGAUUUUCUUUUUAAAAGAACCCCAGUUUCAUUUUAAGUCAUCCUUUUCUCUCCGGUUCUCUCUAUGCUGAAAGCAUGUACAUCUGAAACGAAUAUGUUAAUUUAAAAAACCUGUAUGUGCUAAAACCAUUACUGCUUCUAUAUGAGUGCUUGUAAAGUUUGCGGAUAAUGUAGUUUUUAAUCAUUUUAAUUAAAAAAAGAUGCCUCA